AUGGUAUCAGACUUGAUUGACUUCGGAAAGCGGGAGGCAACUCCUCCGCACCCCCCUCCGUCUGGACCUGGACGUGAACAAUGGUCCGGCUGGGCAGCUUGGGACCAGCAUUGCAGGCUACAGCAACAGCGCAGACGCCUGGAUGCCGUUUUUCAGUUGAUUACACCGUCUAUCCAAUAUUUCUAUGCACUAGAUGAGGAGACUCUCAGUACCAUCAAGCUGCCGGACUUGGAGUUGCCAGAGCCGCCAAACCUAGAGAGUUGCACUCGCGACCAAAUGCAUCGUUUUCUCCAUGAUUUUCAUCGCUCUGUAUUUGACUUGGCAUUGCCGCGGAGCCUCGACCAUGACCACCGGCAUUCCACCAGACAGACUACCCUCGGACGCUAUCGUCAACCGUAUAAGUCGCUCCAGGUUUCAAAUUCAAUCUCGCUCGUAAGGCUAUUAGAGGUUCUUCCAAGCACGGACGAGAGGGGCCCGAUCUUGACGAGGCUGUUCACGGCAGAUUUGGAUUCCAAUGAUCGUCCUCAGUAUAGAGCGGUCUCUUACGCAUGGGGUGAAAUGUCCAGCGAGGGACAAAAGUGUCAUAUAUACGUCAGCGGUUUCAAACGCACUGUGACUCCGAAUCUGCUUAGUGCGUUGUCUUGUCUCCGGCAUCACCAUCACCCGAGGAUAUUGUGGAUUGACUCAAUAUGCAUCAACCAAGCUGAUGACGAGGAGCGGAGUCAGCAAGUCGGACUCAUGGCCAGGAUAUAUGCCGAAGCACAUAGAGUCCUAGUAUAUCUCGGGCCAUCUACGCCUUUGUCAACUAGCUUCUUCAGCAUAUUGCAAGAUCUCGCAGGGAACGCCGACAACGAUGCUGGAGAAGAAAGUCAUCGUGACCAUGACCACAACUACGAUCACGACCAUGACUACGCCGACUACCAAAACAGAAACGCGGAUCCAAUGUUCUGGAAGAAAUGCCAUGAUUCUGGACCAGAUCUCAUUGAAGGAUUCAUCGAGCUCUGCACGAGGACCUGGUGGACAAGGAUCUGGGUUUUGCAAGAGUAUAGCCUGAACAAACGCGAUCCAGUCUUCUACUGCGGGCGGCUAAAAGUACAUAAUGCAGUCUUGACCAAGAACUUCAACAGAAUAUACGAGUGGGUAGAACAUCGGAAACGACAUCCUACCCAGUUGAAAAACUGUUCUCAUCCAGCAUGCGACAAGUUGAUCGUGUCUGCUACUCACGACGCCGGAGAGAUUCUGAGUCGCGAGCCGGAAGAUAAAGAAGACGAGCAACAGACUACGGAUGGAUGCAAGAUUCUUGAGUCUACAGACGGAAAAGACCCCAAAGGAUGGAUCCCCCAGCAAGGAUCCCAUGGGCGCCUGUGGUCGAUAUGGGGUCGGCGAGUCUGGAGAGUCCACCAUGUCCUCACGUGGCGUUACUUCUGUUCGCCCGCCUCGUUGCCAGUGUUCUCGACAAUGGGGAUGCAGGCUCAGUGCACCAUGCCUCACGAUGUUGUCUACGGUUUACGCGAACUCAUGGACCCCCUCUUCAAAAGCCUCUUCCCACCAGACUACACGAUGCCUAUAUCGAAGCUAUUCUCCCGCCUUGCAGUCUACGUCCUGGUGGUGGACAUGUUUCCUAACAUAUUCUGGCACUUCCCUUACCGGCUCCGAGAUCGACUCCAAGAGGGAGAGGUCGCUGUGCCUUCAUGGGUACCUGAUUUCACAAGGCCACGCGCCGAGAGAGCCGCUGAGCUGGCGCCGUCUCAUGCUAGACUGCAUUCUGAGGAUUGGGAGCAUAGCCCUCACAUAUUCGACCGCGUGCUGUUCAUGAACGGGCUACUACUUGACGAGGUUGUUGAAGCUUUCCCUCUGCCCUCCCACGACCCGUUCUUGCUUUUGCAACAGCUGUGGUAUAUCGAGCGGCUCUAUAUGGACCCCAGCUAUCUCCACAGGGACGAUGAGCAGCAGAGGGAGACCUUCCAUGAAAUGCUGACAGCCUUGAAUGGCAUAACUGCGUAUCCGAGCAUAGCUUGGGCGACUCGAGACGCGGGUAGCCCUACUAGUGAUGUUUCCAUCGUCGAAGUCAUCGGGGAACUCGCAGAGCUACAACCGUUGGUAGCCGAGUCUCUUCGGAGCUAUUUGGACAAGAUUCCAUCCAUUGUUGACGUCAUCAUGGGCAAAGAGCAUUGCGAUGAUGAAGAAUCAGCCGAGCGGACUUGCGAAGAAGAUGAGGAAGGAUCAGAUCGAGAAGAUGCGUCAGGCCUUGCGCGACCCGUUAGAGCCAUGAACAUAGCAACAGGCGAUUCUGGCGGCAUUCCUUGUAUCGACCGUAAAGGCUACAUUUUACAGAUAGGGAAGCGUCUCUUUGAGCUGGUCGACUUCCUUACCGCGGCACCAACCUGGACAGACUUGGUCGGCAUAUGCGCCUUUGACUAUCACAACCUCCGCGCGCAGGUACUCCACAGGCUCUGCAUCGGUUCGGCACAAAAAAUUGCCGAAUCCAUAGGGCAUAUGCCUAACUAUGAGUACUUGCAGGAGCGUCUUGGUCCUCGACAGCGGACCUCGGAAUAUGGCACUACACACGCGCCUGCUGUGUAUGGGAAGUACUUGAAGGCCAUUGAGAACGGCGUGUGCCACCCUCUCGAGACGCACUUCAGAGAGGCUUUUGUGAUAGACCUGGCGGCAAAGUUUCACAAGGCCACGGCGAGCAUGAUUGGCCUGGAAGGGGACAGUAUUUUCAGAGACGCGGAUGGCCAGGCUGUUUCGCAGGAAGCGGAAAGGGAGUCAGCUGAAAGGCCGCAGCCCAUUGCUUGCACGAUCCCUGUUGCCUGGCUUAGUGACGCGUCAAGUGAGGGGUGGCAGGGCGAAGAAAGGUUAGCAUACGAUGGAGAUCUAUCGUCCUUGGGCUUCCCGCACUUUGAGGACGGCUACCCUUUUGGUAGCCUGACACGGUGGCGGCAGCCCGAACGUCUGAUCAAAUACGACGUGCACAUAGGCCUGCAGUGUGUCGUCGCUGCACUCGCGGGGCGUGAGCUCUUCCUGACCGAGACCGGGCUAGUCGGGCUGACUGGAGUGGGUGUGGCCGGAGUCGAGAGAGGAGAUGAUAUUUUCAUGCUUCAAGGCAUGUCUCACCUGCUUAUUGCUAGACUAGAGCCCUCGCCUGCCCCUGGAGCUGCGGGGAGGAGCAGACGGGAGAUGUCGACGAGAGGGAUGAGAAGAGAGAUAGUGGGCACAUCUACGGUGAAGGGUAUUGAUCCCAAGGAUGGAGUGGUGGAGGGAGCUACUAUCCCCUCUUGGUUUAAGCCUAUUACGGACGCCCGAGGACGUUAUAGGUUCUGCUAG